UUUGACGAAUCCCCCUCUCAUGUUUUGUGACGAACCGACCCACGGGCCUCGAUUCCUUCAUGGCCAGAAACAUCGUGCAGGCCAUGAGGAAUAUGGCCCAACAUGGCAAGACUAUUAUUUCGACCAUACAUCAGCCCAGUUCGGAGGUGUUCGAGCAGUUCGACCGCGUGCUGCUGAUGGCCGAAGGGAGAGUGGCCUUCCUCGGUUCGACGGAGGGGGCGCUGGACUUCUUCAAGGGCCUGGGCCACCACUGCCCCGAGAACUUCAAUCCCGCCGACUUCUUCAUCUCGACCCUGGCCAUUCAGCCCGGCGAGGAAGAGGCGUGUCGGGAGUUCGUGGGCGGAGUCUGCGACACCUUUUCGGCGAGUUCGACCGGGCAGGGGGUGCGAGGGGCGGCCAUGGUCAACGCCCGCGGCUCGGAGGCGAACGCGGUCGGCGGGGCGGAGUACGUGGAGAUAAGCAUGUCCCCCUACAAGGCCAGUUGGGGGGAGCAGUGCAAGGCGGUGUUGAAGAGGUCAGUCAUGGAAAACAUCCGGGAACCGAUGGUGUUGAGGGUGAAGCUCUUCCAGACGCUGCUGAUCUCGCUCUUGGUGGGACUAAUCUAUUUGGAUCAAGGCAACGACUACAUUGGGGUUUCCAAUAUCAACGGCGCUAUAUUUCUACUUCUCACUCAGAUGAGCUUUAGCAACACAUUCGGAGUGGUUAAUGCCUUCUGCGCCGAACUCCCCGUCUUCCUCCGCGAGCACUUCAACGGCAUCUAUCGCGUCGACGUCUAUUACCUCAGCAAGAACGUGGCCGAGUUACCCUUUGGUAUCGUGUUACCUUUGAUCUUCACGUCCAUAAUGUACUUCAUGGUCGGGAUGAAUCCUCUGGUGGGGAGGUUCUUCGCCACCGUCGGAAUCCUCAUCCUGGUGGCUAAUGCGGCUGUUUCCUUCGGCUACAUGAUCUCCUGCCUGUCGAAGGACGUGAACGUGGCGCUGGCCCUCUCGGCGCCCCUGCUCAUCCCGCUCAUGCUCUUCGGAGGGUUCUUCCUCAAUUCGCAGUCGGUCCCGUGGUACUUCAUCUGGAUCAAGUACCUCUCGUGGUUCAAUUACGGUAAUGAGGCCUUAAUUAUCAACCAGUGGGCAGGUAUCCAGAACAUUACCUGCCCGGAUGAUGUACCCAUGUGUAGUACCACCGGGGAUGAGGUCAUAACUACUAUGGGGUACAAUGAGGCCAACCUGGGUUACGACAUCGGCAUCCUCCUAGUCCUCAUCGUAGGAUAUCGCUUCAUAGGAUUCUUGCUCCUCGUGGCGAAGACAUCGAGGAAGGAUGUCAAGAAUGUGGAAUAAAGGAUAUUAUCAUU